CAAUAUCCCGCAUUUGCUUUGAAUCCUGAAAAGCCAACAUGAAGUAUUAUUCAUUAUCCCUCGCUCAGUUUCCCUGUUCCAUUUUGUUUCUCUUGUAUUUUCUUACAACAAUUUCAUCAUCCUUCUCCUCAGAUUUUUCCUCUUCUACUCAUUUGUGUAGUCAUCACCAAGCUCUUUCUCUGCUUCAAUUCAAACAAUCCUUUUCCAUUCAGAGUUCUCCUUUUUGGUUUGCUAGAAACUAUCAAUAUGAUCAGUAUCCCAAGACAGAGUCAUGGAAAGAGGGUACAGACUGCUGCUUGUGGGAUGGGGUCUCUUGUGACCUGAAAACCGGGCAAGUGAUUGAACUGGACCUCUCUUUCAGCAUGCUUUACGGAACCCUGCAUUCCAAUAAUUCUCUCUUCUCUCUUCAUCAUCUUCAAAAGCUCGUCCUCUCUUACAAUGAUUUCAACUUCUCCAAAAUUUCUUCUCAAUUUGGUCAGUUUUCCAAUUUGAUGCAUCUUAACCUAACUCAUUCAAAUUUUGCAGGCCAAGUUCCAUCGGAAAUCUCUUAUCUCUCCAAAUUGCUUUCCCUUGAUAUCUCAAACAAACAUCUAAGUCUAGAAACAAUCUCUUUUGACAAGAUUGUUCAAAACCUAACCAAGCUAAGAGUACUCUAUUUGGAUUAUAUAGAUAUGUCUUUGGUUGCACCUAAUUCCUUAAUGAAUUUGUCCUCUUCCUUGACAUUGCUUUCACUUGUGGGUUCUGGAUUGCAAGGGGAGUUCCCACGUAACAUCUUUCUUCUACCAAACCUUGACUCACUCAUUUUGGCAGACAACGAAGGCCUCACUGGCUCUUGUCCUUCCUCCAAUGUGAGUAAUGUCCUCUGGCAGUUGGUCCUGUCUGAUACAAGAAUUUCAGUUCAUUUAGAAAAUGACGUCAUCAGUAAGCUUAAGUCGUUAGAAUACUUGUUCCUUAGCAAUUGUGACAUUCGAAGGACAAAUAUAGCUCUGCUUGGUAAUCUCGCACAGCUUAGAAUAUUAGACCUCUCACAGAAUAAUUUGAACGGUGAAAUCCCACCAUCAUUUGAAAACCUUUCAAAUCUAGAGAGUCUAUAUUUAUUUAGUAACUUAUUCAAUGGGACAAUACCAUCCUUCCUGUUUGCUCUUCCUUCUUUAGGUUAUUUGGACCUUCAUAGCAAUCAUUUCAUAGGCAAGAUAAGUGAAUUCCAACAUAAUUCGUUGGAAUACCUUGAUUUAAGCAAUAAUCACUUCCACGGUCCAGUCCCAAGCUCAAUUUUCAAACAAGAGUAUUUGGAAGUCCUUAUUCUUGCGUCCAAUAAUAAGUUGACAGGUAUGAACAAUCUUCAAGGCACUAUCUCUUUAGCAUUCUCAGAGGGGAAUAGCUUGGGAUAUCUCAGCCUCAAUGACAAUGAAUUGGAAGGGGAAAUACCAUCAUCUAUCAUCAAUUGCACAAUGUUGGAAGUUCUUGAUCUUGGCAACAAUAAGAUUAAGGAUACAUUCCCCCAUUUCCUAGAAAGGCUUCCAAAGUUGCAGGUUCUUGUUCUAAAAUCCAAUAAACUCCAGGGUUUUGUGAAGGAUCCGACUACUUAUAAUUCAUUCUCUAAAUUACAUAUUUUUGACAUCUCCAGCAAUAAUUUGAGUGGACCAUUACCAACAGGGUUUUUAAAUAGUCUUGAAGCAAUGAUGGCCUCGGAUCAAAAUAUGUUUUACAUGACAUCAAACAAUUACUAUGGCUUUGCCGAUAUUUAUGCCUAUUCCUUAGAAAUGACGUGGAAAGGAUCGGAAUUUGAGUUUGUAAAAAUUCAUGGUAUCCUCAGAGUACUUGAUUUGUCAAGUAAUGGUUUCACCGGUGAGAUUCCAAAAUUGAUCGGAAAGCUUAAAGAACUCCAACAACUUAACCUCUCUCACAAUUACCUUACUGGUCAUAUCCAAUCAUCAUUAGGAAUUCUGACCAAUCUAGAAUCAUUAGAUCUAUCUUCAAAUUUAUUCACCGGAAGGAUUCCUAUACAGUUGGUAGAUCUAAUAUUUCUUCAAGUCUUAGACCUUUCAUAUAACCAGCUUGAAGGACCCAUACCCAAAGGAAAGCAGUUCAAUACGUUUGAUCAUCGGUCAUUCGAAGGAAACUCGGGUUUGUGUGGAUUUCCAAUGCCAGAAGAAUGUAGCAAUGGCGAGGCACCACCAUUACCACCAUCAAACUUUAUUGCAGGAGAUGAUUCAACAUUGCUUGAAGAUGGGUUUGGAUGGAAAGCUGUGGCAAUUGGGUAUGGAUGUGGGUUUAUGUUUGGAGUCAUAAUGGGAUAUGUUGUGUUUAAAACAAGAACACCUGCAUGGUUUCUGAAAAUGGUUGAAGAUAAAUGGAAUCUUAAUGCAAGCAGAACGAAGAAGAAUGCUAGUAGAAAUGGUGCAAGAAGAAAAUAAACAAUGCAGUCAGUAUCUUCAAAGUUCGUUCUGUAAGCUGUUUUCUUUCAGAUUUU